AUGAGUGACGUGAAAAGAACGAUUCGAAUCACAACUGAACAACACAUUUUAAAGGACCUUCCACCAGUGGAGAACUUCCCUAUAAGAAAAUGGUCUAUCCAGGUUACAAUGCUAGAUUCUCUGGGGAAAGAAAUCGGGGCUAACAUUCUCGAUAAAGUUACGUAUACAUUGCAUCCAACGUUUGCUAAUCCUACAAGAACCAUAAAGACACACCCUUUUAGAGUAGAAGAACAAGGUUGGGGUGAAUUCGAUAUACCUAUUGCAGUCCAUUUGGCAGGUUUACCAGGGAAACAAGGAGAAAGAAAGUUUAAUCAUGAUUUGAACUUUUUACAAGAGAAGUAUACCGUUGAUCAUGUUAUCACCGUCCCCACGAAUAAGAGUCAAACAUUAACUAAAUUAUUACAAGAAAGUGGCCCAGUUCCUAAUGGUGGGGCUGGGGCUGCUGCCGAUGACUCGGGUUCCUCAAAGAGAAAGAAUGAUAACCCUGAUUCCAGUAAUAAAAUAAAGAAAUCAAAAACCGCUAAUGGAAGUCUUAUAAAAGGUAGUGUUGAUUUGGAGAAGUUGGCAUAUGCUUUAGAUAAGUUGGGAGAAGAUGAUUUAAUUGUCAUUGUGCAAAUGGUAACCGAUAACAGAACGACAGAUAUGAAUAUCAAGAAUGAUGUUGAAAAGGGUGAAUUUACAAUGGAUUUAUAUACCAUUCCUGAUUCACUAUUAAAGAGUAUUUGGGAUUACGUCAAGAAACAUACAGGUGAGUUAUAG